AUGAGUGUGGAUGAAAGAAAAUUACCAUUAAAUACGGUAUUAUUUACAUAUUCGCCCACAGAUUCAUCUACCUAUCGUUUAUUUGAUACAAAUCGUAAUCAUAAUUCAUUUGUUAAAUUUGAUUCUGAAACGGGUCGUUUAAUAUUGCAACGUUCAAUUGAUCGUGAACUCUUAUGUAUUGAGCAUAUAUGCGAUUGUACAAAAUGUCAAUUAAAGAUAGAAAUAAUUGAAUGGCAACAAUCAAUCACAACCUAUGCCGUUUUAAAAUUGAUAUUGAUUAUUAAUGAUAUUAACGACAAUGAGCCAAUGUUUAAUCGAGAUGUAUACGAAUUAAAUAUAAUGGAAAAUGUACCAAUAAAUUUUUUAUUACAAUUAGAAUCAGCUAGUGAUCCAGAUUUAAAUGAUAAUAGUAGAAUUGGUUAUGAAUUAAUAUCAUUGAAUAAAUCAUUAUCAUUACCAUUUGAAUUACAUCAUGUUGAACAAAGUAACACCAUAGCAUUACGAGUCAUUGGACAAUUAGAUAGAGAAUUAGUAGAUACAUAUCUAUAUCGUCUAACAGCUUACGAUUACGGUCAUCCAAGAAAACAAAGUUCAACUAUUCUUCAUAUUGUCAUUAAUGACAUUAAUGACAAUACAGCUGUAUUAGAACGUCAAUGGAUUAACUUAAAUGUUAGUGAAGACACUCAAAUUGGAACAGAAUUAACAAGAGUGAUUGCCACUGAUGCUGAUAUUGGUCUCAAUGGAAAGAUUCAUUACUCAAUAACCAAUGGUAUUCCAACUGUAUGGAUUGAUUAUUUUCGAAUUAAUGAAAUUACAGGAGUUUUGACUCUUGUUAGUCCACUUGAUUAUGAAUCUGAACAAUAUUUUCGUUUAACUAUUCAAGUUAAAGAUCUUGGUGAAAGUUCAAUGCCUGUAUUUUGCACCAUCGAAUUAAAUAUAACAGAUCGAAAUGACAAUGCUCCCAGUGUUUACAUUACAUUCGUUGAACAACCAGAGUAUGGAUUAUAUCAAAAUCAAUCAACAAUUUAUAUUCCAGAAAAUAUUCAAUCACGACAAAUUAUUGCACAUGUAGCUGUAAACGAUUUGGAUUCAAAUGAAAAUGGUCGAUUAGAAUGGCAUAUUGAAAGUGAUCUGUUACAAACAAAAACUAUUGAUAAUCAAUCAUUUCUACUUUUGAUUCGUAAUAAUGUGUUAAUUGACCGAGAAAAACAAGAUUAUCAUAAAUUAAUUUUAUUUGUCAAUGAUAAAGGUGUACCAAAAAAAACAAUUCAAAUGGAAUAUGAUAUUAGAAUUACGGAUGAAAAUGAUAAUGAACCAAUAUUUAAUGAAACAAAUUGUAAUAUUCAAUUAUUAGAAAAUAAAACAUAUGGUCCAUUAUUCAUUGUCAAUGCAUACGAUAUUGAUAUUAAUGAAAAUAGUCGUAUUACCUAUAAAAUAAUACCACCUAAUGAUAAAUAUUUCUAUAUUACAUUCAAUGGUGAGGUAUACGCAAAUAAUACAUUGGAUUAUACAAUAACAAGAAAUUAUGAAAUAGAAAUAAUGGCACAAGACAAUGGUACACCUAUUCGAUUGAAUAAAACAAAACAAUGUAUAAUAUCAAUUCAAAAUUCUAAUGAGCAUCAACCUAUUUUUGAAAAAAAUUAUUAUAAAUAUCAUUUAACUGAAAAUAGUCAAGUACCUUUAAUAAUUGGACAAAUACGUGCAUAUAUUAAUCAUGAUUAUUAUGAACAAUUACAUUAUUCAAUUCAAUCGAAUAUAACAUAUCUUCCGUUUAGUAUUGAUGAACAUGGAACACUUAUACUCGUUGGUACACUAGAUUUUGAACAAAUUCAACAAUAUAAUUUUUUCGUUCAUGUAAGAGAUAAUAGACAAUUAACCAAUACUGUACCAGUUCAAAUUGAUAUCAAGAAUGUGAACGAUAAUUGUCCAAAAAUUCACCUAACAUCCGAUGUAUUCUAUAUUAAUAGGGAUAAUUCUGCAAUUAAUGGUAAUAAUAGUGAACAAUUAGGUCAAAUUCAAAUUGAAGAUGCUGAUAAUGAUACUGCAAUAUUAAAAAUAUUAAAUUCACAACAAUCUCCUGUUCAAUUAAUACAACUAUCUCAUAAUCAAUAUAGUAUUCAUACAAUUGAUAAAUCUAAAUUAGUCGAAGGUCUAUAUUUAAUUGAGAUUAAUGUAUUCGAUGGUCAUGAUACUCAAAUCGAACGAUGUGAUUUAACAGUAAAAAUAAUGAUUAUUUGUGGUACUAAUCGUACAAAUAAAACUGUUGCUUUAUUAUUGGGUAAACAAGAACUUUUAAAAAUUCAACAACAAAAACGAACAUUAUCUACAUCAUCCACAACAAUUCGUCGAUACUAUUAUUAUAUAAUUGCUUUUCUAUGUUUCAUCAUUGUAAUCUCAUUUAGCACAAUAUUGAUGGCAAUAUGUUUACGUACAAUUAUUUCCAAUGUACAAAGUAGACGAUACAAUUGUAAACGAAAAACAAUUGAAUAUCAACAACAACAACAACAACAGCGAUUGUACGAUAUUUAUAUGGGAGAUGAUGGCAGUAGUGAUGGUGGUACUGGUGGUAGUAGUAAUAAUACCGGGAAAAAAGAUGAUUCAUUAUUACAUGAAAGACAAAUGCUUGUGAGUGGAGAUGAUACAUCGUUUGAAUCUGAUUCUACAAACGAAAGAACAAAACAUACUUUAUCAUCUAAUGUCAAUGCUGGUGAAACAUUGUUACGACCAUGUUUUGGAGAUAGAAGUAUUAGAAUACGUAAUAGUUAUCCAUUACCUUAUUUUUCAAUGAAAAAUAUAUUGGAAAAUGGAAUUUUAGCAUCAACCACAUGUAAACCUAGAGACAGCGGUUAUGAAUCGAUAGAUGUUGAUUCUUCAUUACCUCUACAGCAACAACAACCAGAACAUCAAAUUCACCAUACAAAAGGUUUAUUAAUUGGGCGAGACUUUAAUAAGUAUCAUACAAGUAACCGUCUCGAUUUGACUGUAAAUACGACACAUUCAAAGUACCAUAUAAUAGGUAUACCAAGUGUAUCAUCAUCAAUGUCAACGGCGAGUACCACAAAUGAACGUCCAUCGCCAUUACAACAACAUUCGUCUAUCAAUAAUUUACACUAUUUUAAAGAAACAGAAAUGCAAACAUUUCGAAAACCGACAGUCCGAUUAGCUGAAGAAGAAAAAGUUGAUGUUUAA